AUGAUUCAAAGGCAGAGAAUGCAGGUCCCGCCCACCGGAUAGUCGACAGCUCGGCAGAGAUCGUUGUUGCCUCUUCCUGUAUUGGGUGUGGAAAAAAACCAAGAGAACAGAAUAUGAGCUAUCCAGGAUACCCUCCACAGGCCGGGGGCUACCCCCCACAGGCCGGGGGCUACCCUCAACAACCAGGGGCCUACCCUCCCCAAGCAGGCGGCUAUCCUCCCCAGGCAGGGGGCUACCCUCCCCAGGCCGGGGGGUACCCUCCCCAGGCAGGAGGCUACCCUCCCCAGGCAGGCGGCUACCCGCAGCAGGCUGGAGGAUCGUACCCUCCUCAAGCUGGGGGCUACCCGGCCGGCGCCGGUGGCUUCCCUCCCCAGGCCGGCGGCUUCCCUCCCCAGGCCGGUGGCUUCCCUCCCCAGGCCGGGGGCUACCCCGCCCAGGGCGGGGGCUACCCUGCCCAGGCUGGAGGUUUCCCAGGGCAGGCCGGGGGCUACCAACCCCAGGCUGGGGCAGGAGGUUACCCUUCCAUGCCCCCAGCAGGUGGAGGUUGGGGUGGUGCACCUGCCGGCUACGGAAUGCCAGCAGGGGGCCAGCAGGGCUACCCCCAGGGUCCUGCCCAGGGCCAGCCCAUGCCAAAUUACCCCGGUGCCCCCGGUGGAGGCAACCCCCCCAUGCCUGGGUACGGCUCAGCCCCUUCUUCCGGCCCCGUGGCCAUUGCUAAGGGGUUCCGGGGUACCAUUAAAGACUUCCCCAGCGCCGACCCCCUGAGGGACGUCGAAGUCCUUCGCAAAGCCAUGAAGGGAUUCGGCACAAACGAGUCAGCGAUUAUUGAACUCCUGGGAAACCGCUCUAUGAAGCAGAGAGUUCCCCUGGUAGCCGCCUACAAAACGACCUACGGAAAGGAUUUAUUCAAGGACCUGAAGUCUGAGCUCACUGGAAACUUUGAAAACCUGGUGAUCGCCACGCUGAUGAAACCCUCGGCCUUCGACGCGGCUGAACUCAGAGAAGCCAUUAAGGGCGCAGGCACGGAUGAAGCCUGCCUCAUUGAGAUCCUUUCCUCUCGCACCAAUGCAGAGAUUGGCGAAAUCAACCAGGUCUACAAAACUGAGUACGGCAAGCCUCUGGAGGACGCCAUCAGCAACGAUACCUCAGGGCACUUCCGCAGGCUGCUGGUGUCCCUUUGUCAGGGAAAUCGUGACGAGAGGGAAAAUGUGGAUGUUGCUCUGGCCAAGCAGGAUGCUCAGAAAUUGCAUGCCGCUGGAGAGAAUAAAGUGGGAACUGAUGAGUCUCAGUUCAACGCUAUCCUGUGUGCCCGCAGCGUUCCUCACCUCAGAACAGUGUUCCACGAGUACCAGCAGAUGUGUGGCCGAGACAUCGUGAAGAGCAUCUGCAGAGAAAUGUCCGGGAACGUGGAGUCAGGCAUGGUGGCUGUUGUGAAAUGCAUCCGGAACACCCCAGCCUACUUCGCAGAGAGGCUUCAUAAGGCCAUGCAGGGAGCCGGCACCAAGGACCGAACCCUCAUCCGCAUCAUGGUGUCACGCUCAGAGAAGGACAUGCUGGACAUCAGACAGGAGUACUUGAAGAACUACCAAAAAUCCCUGUACACUCACAUCUCCGGCGAUACCUCUGGGGAUUACCAGAAGCUACUGCUGAAGUUGUGCGGCGGAAGUGACUAAAAAGGAAAGGUGCUUUGCCAAUACUAGUGACACUGUAGAUGUCCUCAAAUUAACCAAUAACCAUGUCAUGGGAAAUCAUAAGUCCCAAUUGCAUGCAGCCAAUUUAUUGUGUCAUUAAAAUACCACUUUUUAUGAAGCUUCUUCUUUUAGGUUUUUAUUUUUCCUAGUGCAUUUCACCAUGUAGGUGUAGAGAAAUGUUAAUUACAUAUAACUAAAUGUCAUACUAACAUUUCAUUUUGAUGUUAGGUUGUCUGAUUUGUUGCCAGUUUUUUUUUAUCUAAUUUGAUGUGGGUCAUCAAUCAUAGUAUCCACCUGAAAGUAAUAAAUUGCAUGGUUUAUAAUUUUUAUUUUGUUUAUUUUAAUUACUUUAGAAUCAUUGGAUGUCAAAAGGAAUUGACACUAUGGUAUGGUAAACAUGAAAUAUUUACUUUAGUGGUGCAUCCUUUUUUUAAAUCCACUAUAGACAAUGAAGAAAAAGUCAUCAAUCAUAAUUGCUUUCCAAUCAUGGUAAUCAGGGAAAUACUGAGAAAUAAUCUUGCACUCCAAAAAUAACCUGCUUUAUCUAUAAAACAAAGACCUCUAUGCAAAUCAACCCUGAACAUAAUAACAUACAAUUUUAAUGAAUGCUUACAAUUUAUCUUUCUAUUUUCAUUAUAUCAAUUUCAUGAAGCUACUUACACAUGUGGCCUUGCUGUAAAGCUGAACCCAAAGCUUUAAAGAAUGUUUUUUUAAACCAUUCAUACAUGCUUGUAACAGAAAAUGUAUUGUAUAUUCCUAACAUGUUGUCUAUCAAUCAUUCUAUGGGUGUAUUCGAAUACACCCAAGUGUCAUCGUGCCAUUGUAAUAAUUGUUUUAGUCCUGUGAUUGCAACGUUGUUUUUUUUACAUGGUUGCUGUCUGUUGUAUCGCCAGCAGAGGGCUCUUGGUUCCCUUGAGGUAACAUUCACUAUGUAGCCCACUUGUCAUUUAACCACCAGCCACAUUUUUGUUUUGUCAUUUUAAAUUAAUAUACUUACAAUAUGUUGCCAACUAUAUUUUAAAAUCGACUUACAAAUGUUUAGAUUAUACAUAGCUAUGUAUCUUAAAUGUAGGCCUACCAUUUUAAGAUUAUAUCUCCACGUGGGCCAUAUACACAUGUAUUACAAAGCCACAUUUUGCAAAAUGAAUAAAAUACAUUAUGAGUAAGGAC